UUUGCGUUCUUAAGAGUUUGAUUGUAGUCAAGAAGUAGGUGUGGCUCGAAGACCAACCGAACGCACAGUUUUUAAUCUAGCGGCUUUUCAGUUUUUGUAGUAGACUGGUUUUAAGUAAAUACCGUGUUGUAUUAUUUAUGUCGUUGUCCUCUGCGACAUAGCUAUAGGAUGCCCGCCACUGCUCGUUUUAUUCUAUACCUCAGCCGAGGGUUUCCGCGCACAUCCACCUCGUUUGGAUCUUCGGAUACCUCAAGUUUCAACUGGGCACGGUAUGCUCCUGCAGUGACGAUGAGCAUCUCGCAUCGCCUGUGGAGUUCAAAGUCGUUGGGCACACCAGAGACCAAAUCAACACCCCAGCCAACACCAAACUUCCCAGAAAAGCAUCAGGUCGAAACAACUGAGCUGCAUGUAGAAAAGCAUCCCCUAGACACAGAGGAAUGGAGUCGCGUGUACCGAUUUCCUUAUAUUGUGGCUGUGCAUCGACUAAUCCGUUUGAAAUUAUAUCAGACCGUGGCUUCAGUGUUGACGGUACCGCCCAUCAUGUGGGCUUACUAUACACAGACGAUCACAAUAGAUCAAGCGUCGUGCAUGGUCGGCAUCACAACAACAGCAGUCGUCUUCCUCUAUAUAGCGGGACAUUUGAGCGAACGCUUCAUUGGAGCCGUUUAUGAGAACCAAGGCAAGGACAAGGUUCGAUUGGCUCACUUAACAUUCUUUGGACAUCGAAAGGACAUCAUUGUAGACUCCAACGAUAUAAUGGAUCUCUCGGAUGUUGGUGAAAAGGCGGAAAAUCUCUACAUUCGGAUAUACCGGAUAUCACAGCCAAAGGACCCUCUAAUUUUGUUUCCCCAUUACGGUGGAAUUGAAAAUCAUGAAGCGUUUGAACGCAUUUUUGGAUUCAAAAAGCGCACUCCAGUGUUUAGGGUCACUAAAGUCACCAAGAAAUAGAUUGAUUAGUACAUAAAUAUAGGUAAAAAUGUCAAGUUAGGAUAAAGAAAAAUAAAGUGAAUUUGCAGUUAUUUAUAUACAACCAACCGUUUCCUUGAAUACAUUAAUUACCAGAAGAGUUGACGAGGUGUGGAAUAGUGCGAUGAUUUUCCUACAUUCUAUAACAAGUGCAAGUGGCCAGCAAAACUAUUUCUAGGUUUUAUGUCAGGUGGUCUAUUAUUGCUUAGGCUGAACUAGGUACAUUCGUUUUCCCUAGAUGCAUUACAGUUUCAUCCAGGAACCAGAACCAGUGCUUUCGGUCUCUUUCAAAAGUAAUCGAAUCCUAUCUUUCACGAGAGGAACCAGAUAUGAAUAGAGGUUUGCUUGCAUUGACUCACAUCAAAGUGAUAAGGCAUUCGGGUGAUAUAUAUAGCUAUGUCCAGAUAUGGCGGAAAAUGAAGGAUCUAAAAGGAGAAAGUGCCCUAUGGAGCUUAUGAUACUGCCCAUUUUUUUUUCGAAUUGACAACAAAAAGUAAGCGCUGUUCUGAGAGCAUGUUUUGAGAGAAACGUCUUAGUUUCGGUUAACUUGACGCUUGAAAAUCUUCUGAGAUCAUAGAGGUAAUUGAAUUGUUGACCUCGAAAACAUAUGUGCCAUAUACCUGGCGUAAUAAUGAACGAAACAAAUCAUACGAUAUACAUUAACUCGAUACACCAAUGUCCGUUUAUGGGAAUUAUUAUUAAUGGGAAUAAUUUCUGCUGCUUAUUAUUAAUGGGGUGCCCGUAGUCGUGAGAAAGCAUUGAAUCCUUCUAAAAAAAAUUCUGCCUUUUCUCCCCAUAGCUUUCAAACUAACGUAAUCUGAGACUUAUUUAGACUAAACAUUGAAAAAUCACUUUAUCUCGGCAGUAAUCUAGGAGGCCUAUUAAAGCGAAGCUUCUCUCUGGUUCUUAUUGUUCGUUGUAGAGCAGGGUUCGCACCAACAAGAAAGCGAUUUGAACUAUUAUAUUUUAUUGGGGUAAAGUCACCCAGUAUGCUUUAAAUAAGUACGUAUUCAUCGACGCCCUCAUGAAAUAUACUGAUAUCCGUUCCUUGGGCAAGCACCGAGGAAGGCAUAUCUUUUUUCGAAGUCCCUAAUUUAGUGUAUCAUAACAGCUUAGAAAAUUGCAAAAUAUGAAGGUAACCGUUACCACAUCAUAAAUCUGAUGUUAAAAGCUACCAUGACUAUAAGUAGAAAGCCCAGUUGUGUAAUUAUGGUGUUAGUAAUCCUAAUAAACAUACAACUCAAUUGUAUUAAAUUAUUUUCCGCGCCAGCCAAUCUCCUUCCGUAGCGAAGGAGAUUAUAAGAAGGCUGUAACCGUGAGCGCCGUAUUUUGAACACUUUUUCCAACUAGUAUGACAUACUUAAGGACUGAUAUAUGACGCAAUUCAUUUUCCCCAUUUGCCGUUUCGAAUGGCGCUGUAUACGCGCCCCAUAUUUAUUAUGCGACCCUAAGAUCGACUGGCAUAGACGUAC